AUGCAUAGCGAAGCAAACGAAAAAACGGUAGUUUUUGAGAUAUCAUUACCUGAUGAUGAGGGCUGCCAUGAAUGCUCUUAUCUCGAGCUGUUUCAACAACACCUGGAAUCAAAUAAUAAUCAAAAACCUGGAGAUAACCCUUUCGCAUCCAAUGAAGCUGCAGAAGAAAAAAGGCUUUCUGACCUAGCUAAGGCACUCGAGAAGAAAUAUGGGACGAUGGUUACUAUGAAGAAUAGUGGAAAGCACAAGCGAGUUCGAAUAGAUGAUUUUUUAGACCCAGGAGAUGGAUACGAUACACAAGAUUCAUUUAUCGAUGAUUCUGAAGCUAUUGAUGUGUUUGUGGCCCCGAACAUCUCUACUAAGUUUGGAGGAUAUUUUGUACAUCAAGGCACUGUUGAAGGACUUGAAGAUCAGAGUGCGAAAAUCGAGGCUCCUUGGAGUGCAAGGAUAUUGACAAAUACUAAUUCAUCUCAAAACGUUAUGAGGAAAAAAAAUAAAUCCAAAGAGCUUUUGGAUAAAGCCGUCAAACGCUUGUCAACUCCUAAUGCUUUCAAGCCGAAGUUAUUUCUGUCGGAACCCCGAAACCAAAUGCGUAAUUUAGACUCCCUAUUUGAUGAAGUUUUGUCCACAUCGACAGCCUAUGAACAAGAUAGUAACGCGAAAGGUAUUGAGAGCCGUGAGAACCCAAAUGAUAGAAAUGACUCUUCUAUCUUCACUGCAAAGUCAUCAUGUGACAUUGGAAAACCAAAAGUUCUUCCUGAGAAUUUACCACCAGACAUAGUAGCAUGCUUGAAUAACUUAACAGAGCUCAAUAAACAUGGAACAAAUCAACGUCGUGCACUAGGAAAACCAUUUGAUACUGAACUACUAAAAUUGGAUAUAAAGUUGAAAGAAUUGAUGAUAAAUCAGUCUGUGAGGUCAGAUGUAUUCAGCUACUUAGAAAGUCACUUACAAUUGAAACACAAAGCUGUAAUGCGUAGACUUAAAAGAUUGAAGGAAGAUAAACAAGAACAGAGAAUGAACCCGCUAUUGGAUGCUCUUGGUGAAGCUAUUUCAUCGUCUAUGCCUCCAAUUAUUGAAAGUUAUACAAGAGAUAAAGAAGUUCAUUUGGAACGUAUCAAAGCUUGGCAAACGGAAAAUUUGCAAAGCGGUUCAGAUUUAAACGAUAAUCAAGGUGUUAAUGGUUCAAGCGACGGAAACUUAUCGAAACGCCCUCCAAAACCCGGACCUCCUAAGAAAAUCUACCGAUGGAAUUCUGAAUGCAGGCAACUUUUCGAUAAAAUCAUCCUUUGCCGACUUGAAAGUUAUAAAUUGCUGAACAUCAAAGGUUCUGCUGAAGACUAUCUGAGACGCCUUUUUCCAACUUUAAUUCAACUUUGGCCUGAUGGUUGGAUUACUAAUGCCGCAUUAUGGCGUACUGGUUUACCAAUCUUCCAAAAGUUUUGCAGCGAUAAUGGCUUGAGCAACAGCACUUCAGCAUCUCAAUCGCUUGCACGACCUACGAACAACAAUAGCAACCAUAACAGUUCUACGCAUACAAGUAAUGGGAGAAGUCACAAUUCUCCUUCUGCUGCAAAUACAACACCUCUUCCUGACUCUAAUGCUCUAUCACAACAAAAUUCACCUGUUGUCAUUAUACCCCAUAUUUCUUCGAAUAUUUCGGUUUCAACUGUCUCCAAAACAGUUCCCAAGGUAUCCGAUCAUGUAGUAUCAAACAGUAGCCCACGUACAAGUUUAUCGGUUGUUUGCAGCCCUAAAUCUAGCCCUCAUUUAGUUCCUGUCACAAAACAUUGUCAAUCACUUCCUACAGCUCACUCACCCACACAACCAAUUAACCGCCCCAAUUUCCGAAUUACCCCAUCUUCGGUUGCUCAAAGUUCAAUUCAUUCGAAAACUGUUAAUGCUAAGACUCCAGUAACUGUUUGCGUGGAUACUGGCACUUCUCGCUUCUCAUAUGUCCUGCAAUCGACCACAGCAUCUAUAUCUCCAAAUUCACUGGUAGUUCCUGUGUCAACUUCAACACCUCAAAAUUCCCAGUUAAAUCGAACACCUAUUUUACAGAAUGAAGCUGUUAUAGGUCGAACGGCUAAUCCGGGUAUACCUCUGCGUCUUGUCUCAUCUAGUUCUUCUAAUCCUGCAGCCACUAUUUUAGUGUCCAAGGCGGUACAGCUUAACUCAGAACUGGGCAAAUCUACAGUUAUCAAUCCAGUAGCUAUGAAAAGACAAUCAUAUCCCCAGUGUCAAUCUGCACAGCAAGCUCCCACUGCUCAGCUGAAGCUCGUGAAUUUAUUAUGUAAACACUCAGAUGAAUCGAGUUUCCAAUUUUAUGGAUCACUAAAUAUAUCUGACCCCUCUGUAUGUAUUGAUAAAUAG